AAGCAGGGGAAGGCAGGGCUGCAGAUGAAGAGCCCCGAGAAGAAGCGACGCAAAUCCAACACGCAGGGUCCUGCCUACUCGCACCUCUCGGAGUUCGCGCCGCCGCCCACCCCCAUGGUGGAUCAUCUGGUGGCCUCCAACCCUUUCGAGGAUGACUUCGGAGCCCCCAAGGUGGGGGCGGCCCCUGCCCCUUUCCUGGGCAGCCCGGUACCCUUCGGCGGCUUCCGCGUCCAGGGGGGGAUGUCGCCGCAGGUACCCCCAGGUUACGGUGGGGGUCCGCAGCCCCUGCGGAGGCAGCCCCCUCCCUUCGCCCCCGGGCAGAUGGGGCCGGCCUUCGGGAUGCCUCCCCAGAACCCCAACUACGUCCAGCCUGGGGGCAUGAGCUUCCCUGGGCAGCCCUUCAGCCAGCCCCUCGGACAGAACUUCAGCCCCCCCACGGGGCAGCUCAUGCAGGGGCCUGUCGGGGGCUUCGGACCCAUGAUUUCCCCCACCAUGGGGCAGCCCCCCCGGGGAGACAUGGGUCCUGGGCCGGCCCUCAACCCCCCAGGGGGACCAGCCGUGGCUCAGCGCUUCAGCCAACCUGGCAGCCUCUUUGGACAGUCACCCAUGCAGCGCCCGGGGCAGAACAUGCCCCCUCUGCCCCCCACCGCCAGCCCCUUCCCCGGGGCCGACCCUGGCUUCCCUGCCAGCAGCGAAGAAGGGGGAAAGAACCUCAAUAACCCCCCCAGCACCUUCGCCCAGGAGCAGCACUCAGGCUCCCCUGCUGCCGUCAACGGGGCUCAGCCUGGUUUCGCCCCCACCAGUGCCAACCGCGGUGCCAGCACCCCGGAAACCAACAGCCUCCCCCCGCCCGCCCCUGGCAAAGCAGCCGGCGGUGGCGGCUCGGGGCACCAACCGCCCCCGGGGCUGGUGUACCCCUGCGGGGCCUGCCGCAACGAGGUGAACGACGACCAGGAUGCCAUCCUGUGCGAGGCCUCGUGCCAGAAGUGGUUCCACCGGGAGUGCACCGGCAUGACGGAGAACGCCUACGGGCUGCUGACCACCGAGGCCUCGGCCGUCUGGGCCUGCGACUUCUGCCUCAAGACCAAGGAGAUCCAAUCCGUCUACGUGCGGGAGGGCAUGGGACAGCUGGUGGCUGCCAACGAUGGCUGA